CCCCCAAUACCGUCCCUCCCACCCACAACCCUCCCCUUUCCCACUCCCUCUCCCCUUCCAUUCACAUCAAGAUUCAUUUUCGAUUAUCUUAAUAUACAGAAGAUCAGCUUAGUAUACAUUAAGUAAGGAUUUCAACAGUUUGCACCCACACAGAAACAUAAAGUGAAGAAUAAUAGGUGAUUUUUUUUAAAUGAUGAUGCAAUCAGAUCAGACCUAUUGUCAUGUUUAAUCCCAGUGAGAGUCAAGUUGGGAGUUGAUAAUUUCUUCUUUUUUUUUUUUUCCCAGAAGAUCAGUUUAGUAUGCAUUAAGUAAAGAUUUCAACAGUUUGCACCCCCAUAGAAACACAAAGUGAAAUAUAUUGUUUGAGUACUCGUUAUAGCAUUAAAUCUCAAUGCACAGCACAUUAAGGACAGAGAUCCUACAUGAGGAGUAAGUGCACAGUGACUCCUGUUGUUGACUUUACCAAGUGACACUCCUGUCUAUGGCAUCAGUAAUCUCCCUAUGCUCCAGUCAUGAGUUUCCAAGGCUAUGGAAGCCCUCUGAGUUCUCUGAUUCUUAUCUUGUUUAGACAAGGUCAUAGUCAAAGUGGAGGUUCUCUCCUCCCUUCAGAGAAAGGUACCUCCUUCUUUGAAGACCUGUUCUUUCCACUGGGAUCUCACUCGCAGAGAUCUUUUGCCAGAGUGUCUUGGCUUUCCAUGCCUGAAAUACUCUCAUGGGCUUUUCAGCCAGAUCUGAAUGCCUUUAGGGCUGAUUCUGAGGCCAGAGUGCUAUUUAGGACAUCUGCCAUUCUAUGAGUCUGCUGAGUGUCUCACUUCCCAUGUUGGAUCACUCUCCCCUUUAUUUAUUCUAUCGGUUAGUAUUAGCAGGUACUAGACUUGUUUAUGUGCUCCCUUUGACUCUUAGUCCUUUCAUUAUGAUCAAUUGUGAACUGAAAUUGAUCACUUGGAAUAGUGAGAUGGCAUUGGUACAUGCCGCCUUGAUGGGAUUGAAUUGAAGUCCCCUGGUAUGUUUCUAACUCUACCAUUUGGGGCAAGUCAGCUUGAGCAUGUCCCAAAUUAUACAUCUCUUCCCUCUUUUAUUCCCACUCUUAUGUUUAACAGGGAUCACAUUUCAGUUAAUUUUCAACACUUAAGAAUAACUGUGUGAUAAUUACAGAAUUAAACCAGUCAUAUUAAGUAGAACAGACAAAAAAAUUACUAAGAGGGAUAAUGUAUUAAGUUGUUCAUUAACAGUCAGGGCUAUGCUGAUCAAGUCACCGUUUCUCAUAGUGUCCAUUUCACUUCAGGAGGUUUCCUUUUUGGUGUUCAGUCAGUUGUCACCGAUCAGGGAGAACAUAUGGUAUUUGUCCCUUUGGGACGAUACAUAAUAACAUUUUGAUGUCUCAGAAGAAGAGAUAACUGCAGCUCAAGAAAGAGUUGAAGAGGAAGGCAAGUUUGAAGUGACUCUUGAUGUGAUGAGCAGAUUUUGGACAUAGAGCAGAGAGGAGGAAUGGUGUGUGAAAGUCCAACUUGGGGAGCAGAAAUGAUAGGGAUAGAUAAUGUGUAUGACAGGAUAGGUGGGGUUUAUCAGAGAAACUACAAUUGUGAAGAAGCUGGGCAAUUCAAGGCCCUUAAAGGGUCAGUUGUAAGCAGGGAAAAGUCAUCAGCCACAGUCCCUGAGAAGGAGCUGGGAAAGAAGUCUGGGGAAGGCCAUUGCCUCCAUCUGUGGUGGGACAAACAAGCCAGAGGGAAAGUCCGAGGGACGUGAAAAGCAAUUGGAACUCACAAGGAUGAGUUGUAGUCCUUUACUGUUUUCACUGUGCUUAACCCCGAUGCUGUGGGCAGCCUACAGCAGGGGCGUGGAGCUUCACACCUAUCCCAGGCCUGACUUGGAGAAAUUAAAGGGUCAGAUUUGGCAGGCAUUGAAGGAGCAGUGGGUCAGGUUGUUGCCUUCAGCUAGGAGGUGAGUCAGCAAUUAACUACAAUGUGCAGGAGCUGCAGUUGUACCUGGGGGCUGAAAUGGAUGGAUUUCCUUAUAGCCAUCUCUGACUCAGAUCCACAGGGGAGAAAGAAAUAGGAUGAAGCAGUUCAAAACCACAAGUGAUAAAGGGAACAUUAUGAAAACAAAAUGAGAGAACCCAGAGCCUUGCUUGGGGAGAGAGCCCAGUCUAAUUGGGAAUGUCACACCAGCACAGAGAGCUAUGAGGAUCAGACAGAAAAGGUGAGCAGGGGCUGCAUUGUUGAGGAUCGUCAAUAACCUGUGAGGAAUUUGUGCACAAUCUUGUAAGGCAGGGAGAGACACUUAACAUUCUUGAGCAACAUGUGGGCGUAUUAGGUGUGUGUUUCAGACAUGUGGCAUUGGGAUUUAAAGCAUUGGCACUUGAAGAGAGGGAGUAAGUCAGGUAAGUAAUGAGAAUUCUCUUGUAGUAAUCCAGACAAAAUGUAUUCCCAGAGCUUGCUCUUGUUCUCACUGAGGGUGGUGACCCAGAAUCAUUGUAAGAGGUUGUUCAGGAUCAGCAUGGGAAUUAAAAGUGUUGGUGCACAUUGCAAAUCAAGACAAUUUUACAUAUGGUUGAUUUUGUCAACUCUUAUGUUCUGGUGGUACAACAGAUACUUUUCUCUAAUGUUCCCUGAUGUUUCCUCUGUAGUAUGAGAAAAGCAAGGAAAGUUUGCAUGUAGUUGGAACAUUGGCUAAAAUUUAACUGGUUUAUGCAACCAUAUCAGUAUCAUUUUGAGAUAGGAGAGAUCUUAAAAAACAAAUAUUCUACCUGUUUCAUGUAGUAAACCAAGGCUCUUUGUCUCUUCUGAGUAGUUAUGAGGUUAUUCCCUCAUCUUUGUGCAAGUGCCCAACAUCUUAGAAACAUUAUCUCAUUUGAUUUGAUAACAGCUCUGUGAAGUUUGGUCUGAAUUAUUAUAAAUGAGAAACCUGAGGCUCAGAGGUGGGAUGAUGAUUUAAGUGGCCACUUAGCCUUGGAUGAUUCAAGACAGCUCACUGGAGUUCUGAGUGUGUACCUUUCUAUCUCUUAGGUUUCCAUUUCACUUCACGCACCACUCCUAAAAAUCUUCUUGAGACAGAUCUUUGGUCAUAAUGUGUCCCUAUUCUUAAUCUGUCCAUAGUUUUUGAAUGUCAUCACUUUUAAGGUUUCUUUCCACCUGGAGGACAGGCCCCUUAUAAUCCAGGAACUCUUGUGAUUCCUUAGCCCCAUGCAGUAUUCUUACUGCUCUCCUUCUAAACACAGAACACCAAACACAGGAAAUAGUAGAACAUAUACACAUACCUGAAGAGGUACCUUAAAAUUCCUAGGUGCUUCUCACAUCGUUUAGUUCUACCAUUCCAUAAGUCUUCCCUGGCAGCACUUCCUAGUACAUACUUCUGAAUGUUUAAUAACCCCAUCUUGGGUUCCUGUUUGCUAAGACACAGCUGAAUUCAUUCUUGAGAUAUUUAAAAUGCUCACUGAAACCCAGUGCUGUAUCACCUAAGAUUUCAAUAACUGACAGCAGGUGACUAGAAAACCUUAUAAUCUCUGUUCAGUGCACCCUUGUGAUGUUUUUGCCCUCCUAGAAGGAUCCCUGGGGCUUAUCAACUUGGGGUGACUAUUUCAGGUUUUUGCUUUGAGGAAUACAGAAUUUUUGUAGCUAAUUAUUUAGAUACAUGGACUUGGAGGAGCCAGACGAGGCUUACAGAAGUCAAGCUUUCCCGGCUGGCGUCAAACGGAGUACAUGCCAUGAUCACUAGGGUCAAAAACCCCUGGCUUUGCAAAUAUAAAACAGAGGAACAUGCCAUGGUUAGAGUGAGUCAAACCUGUCUGUGUCUGUCCUUCCAAGUUCUGGUAAUGUACUUUCUAGUAGUAUGGUGUACUGUUUCCUCUUGCCUUGGCUCUCACAGGAUGAGACUUCUGUGGUGUGUAAUGAGUCUCUACUUCUAUGGGAUCCCGCAAAGUGAUGCCUCAGAACGCUGUGAUGACUGGGGACUAGAUACCAUGAGGCAAAUCCAAGUUUUUGAAGAUGAGCCAGCUCGCAUCAAGUGCCCACUUUUUGAACACUUCUUGAAGUUUAACUACAGCACAGCGCAUUCGGCUGGCCUUACUUUGAUCUGGUAUUGGACUAGGCAGGACCGUGACCUUGAGGAGCCAAUUAACUUCCGCCUUCCGGAGAACCGCAUUAGUAAGGAGAAAGAUGUGCUCUGGUUCCGGCCCACCCUCCUCAAUGACACAGGCAACUAUACCUGCAUGUUAAGGAAUACCACAUAUUGCAGCAAAGUUGCGUUUCCCCUGGAAGUUGUUCAAAAAGACAGCUGCUUCAAUUCCCCCAUGAAACUCCCAGUGCAUAGAUUGUAUAUAGAAUAUGGUAUUCAGAAGAUCACUUGUCCAAAUGUAGAUGGAUUUUUUCCUUCCACUGUCAAACCCAUCAUCACUUGGUAUAUGGGCUGUUAUAAAGUGCAAGAUUUUCAUAACGUAAUACCAGAAGGCAUGAACUUGAAUUUUGUCAUUGCUUUGGUUUCAAAUAAUGGCAAUUACACGUGUGUUGUCACAUAUCCUGAAAAUGGGCGUACCUUUCAUCUCACCAGGACUGUGACUGUAAAGGUGGUAGGCUCUCCAAAAGAUGCAGUUCCCCCUCAGAUCCAUUCGCCCAAUGAUCAUGUGGUGUAUGAGAAAGAACCAGGAGAGGAGCUACUCAUCCCCUGUGAAGUCUAUUUUACUUUCCUGAUGGACUCUCGCAAUGAGGUUUGGUGGACCAUCGAUGGAAAAAAGCCCGAUGAUAUCAGCAUUGAUGUAACCAUUAAUGAAAGUCUAAGUUAUAGUAAAACAGAAGAUGAAACAAGAACACAUGUUUUAAGCAUCAAGAAAGUUACUCCAGAGGAUCUCAAGCGCAACUAUGUCUGUCAUGCUAGAAAUGCCAAAGGCGAAGUUGACAAAGCAGCCAAGGUGAAACAGAAAGUGGUAGCUCCAAGGUACACAGUAGAACUGGCAUGUGGCUUUGGAGCCACGGUCCUGCUAGUGGUGAUUCUCAUUGUUGUUUAUCAUGUUUACUGGCUGGAGAUGGUCCUAUUUUACCGAGCCCAUUUUGGAACAGAUGAAACCAUUUUAGAUGGGAAGGAGUAUGAUAUUUAUGUAUCCUAUGCAAGGAAUGCUGAAGAAGAGGAAUUUGUUUUACUGACUCUCCGUGGAGUUUUAGAGAAUGAAUUUGGAUAUAAGUUGUGCAUCUUUGACAGAGACAGCCUUCCUGGGGGAAAUACAGUGGAAGCAGUUUUUGAUUUCAUUCAGAGGAGCCGAAGGAUGAUUGUUGUCCUGAGUCCAGACUAUGUGACAGAAAAGAGCAUCAGCAUGCUGGAGUUCAAACUUGGUGUCAUGUGCCAGAACUCCAUUGCCACAAAGCUCAUUGUGGUCGAGUAUCGCCCCCUUGAGCAGCCACACCCAAGCAUCUUGCAGCUGAAGGAAUCUGUUUCUUUUGUGACCUGGAAGGGAGAAAAGUCCAAACAUUCUGGCUCCAAAUUCUGGAAAGCCUUGCGGUUGGCUCUUCCCCUGAGAAGUCUGAGUGCCAGUUCUGGCUGGAAUGAGAGCUGCUCUUCCCAGUCUGACAUCAGUCUGGAUCAUGUUCAAAGAAGGAGAAGUCGUUUGAAAGAGCCCCCAGAACUGCAGAGCUCAGAGAGGGCUGCAGAUGCUCCUCCAGCCUCAGACACAGUGUCCAAGCACCGAGGGAAGCCCUCUGCAGCCUGUCGCUGCUGUGUCACCUACUGUGAAGGAGAAAGCCACCAAAAGAGCAAGAGUCGGGCAGAGAUUCAUACCCAGCCCCAGUGGGAGACACACCUUUGAGACAAAAGACCUGAAGGACCUGAAUCCAGAGUUCUUGCCUCUAAUGGCCUCAGAAGAGCACACUCUUCUUGGGCCCUAGAAGGUCAGUAUGUGUAAGUUGCCUAAAGUCUGAUCCUCUGUCUUGCCCAGUGGUUUAAAAGUGUGCAGAGAAUUUAAAUAUUUCUUUGAGUUUGCUAAUCAGUCUCAUGUGUGAGCCAGUCUGGUGUACUUUGGCUACAACACUAACAGGGUAAAUUUCCCAAGGAAGCAUCCUGGAGAGGAACAGGUUCUGGUGGAGGCUGUAGGACAAAGCUCAACAGAAAAAUCUACAGCACAUUUUCCCCCAAAGAACCAAAAAUAUCCAUCCAGGGAUACUUGGUGUACUCUGCCUCACUGUAAACUAAUGUUCUCUAAGCUUCCUGAUGUUGUUAGCAUUAAUAAAGUUAUAUUUUUAUGUCACUUCACUAGUACUAACAUAUUUUUGCCUUUCAUCUCCCUUCUACUUUGUGUGACUUUUAUAUUCAUAUCUCAAAAUAUUGCAUUUCAGAAAAUCAAAAUAUGGUUUAGCAUCCAGGAGAUCUGAGAUGAGUCUUUAGUUUACUUCUAGUGUGUAUUAAGAAUGACCUGGAAAUGGAUCAGAGGGGAGUUAGAGAUUUUAAGAUAAAGUGAAAAUUCAUGCAAAGAUUUUAUUACUAUGAAACUGACAGCUCAUAGGCUAGAGUUUAGUGCCUGAAAACCUUCUUCCCAUUCAGGAUUGUGAGAAACUGUAGUAAAUACAAGUGCUUACAAGGAUCAGAAGGUAAGAAAGAAGAGAAAAGAAGUCAUAUAUAAGUAUAAUAUACAUGGUCUGUAAUACCAAUAUGCACAGGAAUAUAGGCAUUGGUAAGUAUUUUUUUCUGUAAAUAAUUUCACAAAAACAUAAAAGGCACAUGCCAUUUGAUUUCAAGUCUGGGACAAAUAUAUGGGAUCUUCAAAAGUUUAAUGGGAAAUCCAUAUUAUGAGAAAGUAUGCAUGGAUUUCAAAAUUUUCAUGCUGCAAUAUAAACAUCUUUUAAUUCCAUUUUUGUGAACUUUUUGAAGUAUUCUCACAUUUCUUUAAAAAGAAGGCAGCUUUAAUCAGCCCCAUUUGGUUGUUGCCACUGAUUUAGCACCUGUGUUGCCAGAUUGCCCUGUUUCUUCCAGAGCCUCUGAAAAUCCAGAUUUUUUUUUUAUGUAUGCUGUCAGUUAUGGAAUAGCUUAAACUUAGAAAAAAAAUAAGAAGAACCAAGUUAAGCACAUUUGUGGUACAUACUCCUACUAAGGGCCAUUAGUCUGUUAUUUCAGAACUAAGAUAUUCAGCCAAAGAACAUAUGUCCAAAUGGAGAUUCAAGAGCUCCUGCCUAUAGUAGAAACUGGGGAGAACAUACACUAGUCUUGAGGACAUGAUGGGGGAGGUUUAUCUCCUCCCUGAAUUGAAGACAUGUGGGCCUCAGACCAGAACUGAUAUGACUUAACCCUCCAUCAGAGGGGGAAAAGCUAACAGGUAGUGUGUUUCCAUCUUCUUGUAAAUCCCCUGCGUAUUGUGCUUACUGUAAGAAAAUUCAAAGCAUAAAACUUGUUGCUCCUGAACAGGGGCAUAGUGAAAAAAGAGACUGUGUCAAACAUAACUUCCUCCUUCACCCCAUUAGCACUGACUGCUACAGAGCUCUGUAUGGUCUUAGGAGUGGUAGCCUCCCGCGCACUAAUCGAGAAUGAGUAGUAUGGAAAAAAAGCAGUAUUAUGACACCAUCCCUCUUGGAAAAGGAAACAGAGAUCCUUCUCCUGUUGAAUCAAGAAGAUAAAAAACUGAAAAUGCGGAGAUAUGGGCCCAUAAUGAGCUUGUAAUUUGGGAAUGACAGACCAUCUACUUUAGUAGCCAGGAAAAAAUUACAAUACAAUCAAAUACCUUGCUCUAUAUUAUAUCUCUUCUUUACAGAAAGGUAAAACAUCCUUGAUGUAUGUUCAAGGAUCUUAACUUGGCAGGCAAUAGAUUCUCUCUACUUUAACAGCAGCUAACGUAAAUGGCUCUAAAUUCUAGGGAAGGAAAGGCUGCUAGUCAUAAUUGGUCUUAUUUGUUAUUGACAUGGUGUCCCAAACUGUAAAAUAGCCCUAGAAAUAUUGAGAAAUUACUUACAACAUUUAUUAUAUAUUUUCUUCAGGAACUAGUGGCAAAGACAUUGAAAUUAAAUACAAGCUCUGAUUAUGGAUAAUUUUGAUUAUCCCAAAGCCAAAUUUUAGUCAAUAUUAAUUUCAUUAGACAAAAUAAGUAUAGUUUAAGCAGUAUAAAGCCAUAAAUUUUGGUACUAGCUCUACAGGGUUCAAAGGUAAUGGGCUGUGCUUUUACUGCAUGGAGAAAGGCUUAAAGGUUGUUAUUAUUUUGUGACCAGAUAUGCCACAAUUGAAUGUGAUAUUUUGAGUCAUGUAAUUCAACAAGGCAAAUGAUAAGAAAGAAAACUUUCUCAUUGGCCAUAAGUGAUUAUAAUUGAAAUGAUACAACCAUAGGUUAAAUGGAUAUAUCAUUACAUAAGAAAUUACCUAUUUAGAUACAUACUUUAUAGAUUUUAAAAUUCUGCUUCUCUCUUAUCUGUUUGACCAUAGUUUGACCAGGGUCUCCCUAUGUACACAUCUAUCUCUUGCUACUCAAAAUGGAGAUAAUUUGUUAAUCUCAUGGAUGCUGUGAGCAUUAAAUUAUAUGCUACUAAUUUAUUUCAUACGUAUUAUUAUUUUACUGUUAUGAAAUAUCCUAAAGCAGUAUAAACAGGGUUAUAUUGUCCAGGUUAAGUGACUUUCCUAAUGACAUUCAUCUAAUUGGUAAUAGAGUUGGACUUCUAAUUUAUUUUUCCAAUACUUGACCAGUGCUUGUUCUAGAAUGAUCCCUAUAAGAUUAGGUAGUUAUAUUUCUAUUACAAAUCACCUUAAUGGGACUAUUUCACUGGAAACAUGCUAUAAUUUAAAAAGCAGUUCACAUAAAGCCAUACACAACAAAUUCAGUAUUAUGUUGUCUGAUGUAUCAUUUGACCUUAUCAUGUUAUAUUAUGUGUUCAUUUUUAUAACCUUUUAAAGUAUUUAAAAUGCAUAAUCAUUUCUAUAGCCUAUAGACUAUAAUUUUACCAUAAUUUUUUCAAGAUAAAUUAAUUAUUUGUAAUCUUGUUUUUUUUUUUUUAAUUUUUUGACAGGCAGAGUGGACAGUGAGAGGAAGAGACAGAGAGAAAGGUCUUCCUUUUGCCAUUGGUUCACCCGCCAAUGGCUGCCACGCCAGCGCGCUGAGGCCGGCACACCGCGCUGAUCCGAUGGCAGGAGCCAGGUGCUUAUCCUGGUCUCCCACAGGGUGCAGGGCCCAAACACUUGGGCCAUCCUCCACUGCACUCCCUGGACACAGCAGAGAGCUGGCCUGGAAGAGGGGCAACCGGGACAGAAUCCGGUGCCCCGACCAGGACUAGAACCCGGUGUGCUGGCGCCGCAAGGCGGAGGAUUAGCCUAUUGAGCCGCGGCGCCAGCCUAUUUGUAUUCUUUCUAAGAAAUACAUUCACCAUUUAUUUUGAAAAAUUAAUUUUAUUUAUUUUUCCGGAAGUUAUGCUAGACACUGUGAGUACUAGAGUUAUCUCUUCUUAGAACUAUUACAAAUUAUAAUUAUAUUAUAUUAAAUUCCUGUUUGAAGAUUUGAGGUGCACAGGAAAACUAGUAUUCCUGUUCAGAAAAAAAUAGAAUUCCUGUUCAAAUAAAAAAUGGAAGCAAUUAUAAAGGUAUGCACAGAACAAACAAGUCAUAUAACCAUGGUUUUAAACUUUCGUGCAUCUAAGAAUCACUUAGGGGGCAUCUUACAAUGAAAAUCCAAGGAUAUACCCUUGCCCUUAGGGCUGAUUCAUUAGGAGCUGGGCAUUGUCUAGGAGUUGGCAUUUUUAAAUUGUGCCUUGAGAAUUUAAAUAAGAUAUUCUAUGGGUCCGACUUGGAAAACUUUCUCUAUGGUAACUCUUCAAAAUAUUUCUCAUAUUUUAUAGAUUAUAAUUCAAGGUGUAAGGAAAGUCUUUUUAAAAAAAAAAAAAAAGAUUUAUUUAUUUGAAAGGUAGAGUUACAGACAGAAAGAGGGAGAGACAGAGAGAAAGGUGUUCCAUCUACUGGUUCACUCCCCAAAUGGUCACAGCGGCCAGAGCUGCACCGAUCCGAAGCCAGGAGCCAGGAGAUUCUUCCAGGUCUCCCAUGCGUGUGCAGGGGUCCAACAACUUGGGCCAUCUUCUACUGCUUUCCCAGGCCACAGGCCACAGGAAAGAGCUGGAUUGGAAGAGGAGCAGCCAAUACUCAAACCACCAGCAUCCAUAUGGGAUGCUGGCGCCACAGGCAGCGGCUUUACCUCCUAUGCCGCAGCACUGGCCCUGGAAAAGUCUUAGAGCCUUUUCCAAGCUUUUAAAGUAUAUUUCUUGAUGCAUUCACAUUAGAAGCCUUUGGGGUGUAUAUUAAAAUGUGUACUUCACCCAAUCCAAGAUUAACAGAAUGAGAAUCUCUAAAAUGGGGAAGAUUUGCACUUUGAAUUAACUUCCCUAGUGAUUCUGAUGUUCAAAAUGUUUAAGAACCAUUAAUUGUUAUCUUUCUUUAACUCCUUAUAGGCUCUGAUUUUCUCCAGUCAAGGAAGACUACGAAUCAUCAGUAUAACAAAGGGUAUACAGGCAAUAGAUGAAAAUGCAGGGCAUGUUUAGCCCUUGGAGUUGCCUCAGCACAAGAAGACAGUUGAAUAGAGUGGUUAGUAGAGUAUAAAUGCAAAAUAUAUGAAUUAUCAAACACUGACAUUUGGGACCUUAUGGGAAAGCUAUAGUCAUCUAGCAUAUUAAACAGAGUUAAGAUAAGCUAUGUUGCGCUUACAAAUAAUCCCAGUAUUUCAGUAGCUUCAUGUAACAAGCCUUAUUAUUUAUACCACAUGCCCAGCAUUGGGACUUACUCUUUGCAGUUUCCCAUCUGAACUGUGUGGCUUUCUUUUAUUUUAUGCUUCAGUUUAAAUAUAGCACCCAUUUCUUUCGUUUAAAAUUUAAAAUUUAUUGGCUCAAACAGCUCCAAAGUCCUGAUACACUUACAGAGAAAGCUAAAAAAUACAAUCUUUCUGUUUCCAUGGGAAGAGCAAAAUAAAAUGAAACUUGGUGAACACACAGCAUUGUCUUUUUUUUACAAAUGAGACAAGAAUGAGAUACUGAGAAUGUGAAGAGGCAUGAUGCCUUCAAACCGCGAUACAGGGUACACUUUUGAUGAAGGAAGUUUAGAAUGACUUUACUCUAACAUCCCACCUCAGUGUACCAAGGUAUCAGGAAAAAAAUCACAAAGAAAAUAGUAGAAAUUGUUCAUAAAUGUUGCCCAAAGAAAAGUUGUUGAAGGAAUAUAUGAUACUACAGCUUCUGAUAAGGAGGAAGCGUGCCUGAAAAUUUGAAAGCGGCUGUAUUUGAUUACUUUCCCUUCAGCAGUUUUAGUUAGUUCUCUGGCUGUGAUGCUCAAAUUCUUUGUAAAUGAGCCGUUUUAAUUUGAAUAUCCAAGGAGCCUCAGAAGAAUUGAAGACAUUUAAAACACAGCAGAGCAUGUAACAUGAUCAUUAGAAAGCAUCACUUGAUCCAUUUAUCUGAAGAGCUAAACAGAGAAUUCAAAUUGAACAUACUAAAGCUCAGAUGAAUUAUGAGACCAAUGUUAGUGGGAUGUUAUGAAGUCUGCUCACUGUGCAUCUGUUCACACUAUGAAUUGGAUUCGGUUGAUAUUAAAGAUUUAAAAUUUUAUAUGACUUCUCUAAUGUGUUCAGUAUCAGUUGAUCAUGAGAGAGAGUUCUUUAGGUUGAUAAAAAUUAGGGUUCAUGAGUCUUGAGCUAUGUUAGUAAAUUAUAAUGCUGAACAAGAAAGAGUUUUAUUUCUUGUUACAGCCAGAUUUCUGAUACAUUCAAAAUCCUUUUUAGAAUCAUUAACAAUGUUUUUCCUUUGGGCAGUUCAUACAUUUACAAAUACUGAAGUGGAAAGAAAAAAAUCCUUGAAAAUGUGUUCAUGGAAAGAAAACAGAAAGAUUCUAAAUCAACUCUGAAACCAGAUCUUGAGCUACUUUUAUCUAAACUUGGUGAUUGGGAUUUUAAUACUCCAGUACUUUAUUUAGAAAAAAAAUUAAGAGACAAACUCUUCUAUGCAUUUAUUUUUAUUUCACAAAAAAAGCAUACACAAAAGCUUCAUUUCAUUUCUAUCCUCAUAAACUGUGUCACAUGUUUGCAAUUCAUUUUUUAUUUUGUACAAUACUUUGAGAUAUCUGAGUCAGUAGUUCUUACCUAGAAUUGAAUACCAUAUUUUAAAAAUUGCACAGGCCUGGACCUACCCCAAACUACUAAAUCUUCCAAAACAACUGAACUGCU